GGGAGCAGUGACCAGGAGCUCUCUCCCCGCCACGGGCUAACCCCCUGGAGCGCCACUCCCCGGCCUGAUGGAAGAGGAGUCCGGGAAGGGCCACCAUGCCUUGCUCAGCCCCAUGGAGGACAACGAGCUGGAGAUAUUCGGCUACAAAACCCAAGGCUGGCGGAAAGCCAUGUGCAUUGCAGGGUAUAUCUUCUCCUGCGGGGCUCUUCUCCUUCUGUUUUACUGGAAGCCAGCAUGGCACGUGUGGGCAAACUGCACCCCAUGUAACUUGCAGGAAGCAGAUGUCAUAUUGCUUAGAACAACAGAUGAAUUUCAAAAAUAUACCAGAAAGAAGGUGACCUUGAUUGACUUGUCCACAUUGAAUCUGUUGGUUAGAGAUACAUCAGAUAGACUCUUCAUUGCUGACAAAGAUUCUGUCAUAAACAGGGCCAUAAGGAAGCCAGAAUUAAAAGUCCGAAGCAUCCAGGUGCAGAAAAUCCGGUAUGUUUGGGAUUUCUCCAUGAAUCAGUUCCAGAAAGUUGGAUCGCUAGAUGACAGCAACUCCUGUUCCGACAUACAUCAGAAGUUUGGAGAUGGUCUCACAAGCGAAGAACAGGGGAUCAGGAGGUUAGUGUGUGGCCCCAAUGCCAUUGAAGUUGAAAUUCGUCCGAUUUGGAAGUUACUUUUUAAAGAGAUUUUAAAUCCCUUUUAUGUGUUCCAAACCUUCACUCUGACUCUGUGGUUGACCCAAGGGUACAUCGAGUAUUCUGUGGCUAUCAUAAUCUUGUCCAUCAUUUCUAUUGGCUUAAGCGUGUAUGAUCUCAGACAGCAAUCUAUCAAGCUCCAUGACCUUGUUGAGGAACACAACAAAGUCCAGAUUACAGCAUGCACAAAGGAUGAAGGGUGCAAAAAGCUGGAGUCUCGCUAUUUGGUCCCAGGAGACAUCAUUGUUUUAGACGAAAGGAAGCAUUCUUUGCCGUGUGAUGCUAUCCUGAUAGACGGAGGCUGUAUUGUGGACGAAGGCAUGCUCACAGGUGAAAGUAUUCCGGUAACUAAAACCCCUUUGCCCCAUACGGAGAACACCAACUCCUGGAAAACACACAGUGCCGAGGAUUACCGAAGACACGUCCUCUUCUGUGGAACGGAGGUCAUCCAGACGAAGCCCUCCGGCAAAGGCCCAGUGAGAGCUGUUGUGCUGCAAACUGGGUUCAACACCGCCAAAGGCUAUCUGGUGAGGUCCAUCCUCUACCCCAAACCCAUGAAUUUCAAACUCUACAGAGAUGCCUUCAAAUUCAUCAUCGGCCUUACACUGAUCGGUGUGCUCGGACUGAUCUACACAGUGUGUGUGUAUGUGCACCACAAGAAACCAGCUGCUGAGACAGUGGCCAUGGCUCUCCUCCUCUUCACUGUCUCCGUCCCUCCGGCCAUUCCCGCUGCUCUGACCACGGGCAUUGUUUAUGCCCAGAAGAGGCUGAAGAAUAAGAAAAUUUUCUGCAUCAGCCCCCAGCGGAUCAAUAUAUGCGGGCAAAUCAACCUGGUCUGCUUUGACAAAACGGGCACCCUGACAGAAGAUGGGCUGGACCUCUGGGGGCUGAUCCCUUCGCAAGCACGCAGUUUCCAGGAGGUGCACAGCUUUGCCUCUGGCCGUCCCUUGCCUUGGGGGCUGCCGUGUGGAGCCAUGGCGAGCUGCCAUUCACUCGUCCUGCUGGAUGAGAAGAUCCAGGGAGACCCACUGGACAAGAAAAUGUUUGAGGGCACUUGCUGGGAAAUGGAAAAUUCCAGUUCAGCUCAUAGUAAGAUUGGAGUACCAGAUACAAGUGUGAUCAUUAAACCAGGACCAAACGCUAGCAAUGCUCCAGUGGACGGGAUAGUAAUCCUGCAUCAGUUCCCGUUUUCCUCUGGGCUGCAGAGGAUGUCUGUCAUCACACAGCUGAUUGGGAGGGACCACUAUGAUCUCUAUAUGAAGGGAGCACCCGAAAUGGUGUCCAGCUUUUGCAGACCUGAAACUGUCCCAGCUGAUUUCACAAAGGAGCUUCACAUGUCCACAGCCCAAGGCUUCAGAGUGAUUGCCCUGGCACAUAAAGAACUAAACAUGGACAAGGCUGUGGAAUUGGGCAGCUUAGAGAGGGAGAAGCUGGAGAGCAACCUGACGUUCCUGGGCCUGCUGAUCAUGGAAAACCGGCUGAAGGCCGAGACCAAGCCCGUGCUGGAAGAGCUCAGCGCUGCCCGGAUCAGGAGCGUGAUGGUCACAGGGGACAACCUUCAGACAGCCGUUACUGUGGCCAAGAGCGCCGCAAUGAUUUCCGAGACCAGCAAAGUGAUUCUCAUUGAAGCAAGUGAACCACGAGGACUCGUCCCAGCAUCCAUUGCCUGGCAACUGCUGGAAGAUAGCAGACACAGCGCAGCUGGAAUUAGUGACAUACAUAUUAAUAUUGAGGGAAGGACCAUUCCUGGAAGGGAAAGCAACAAUUACCAUUUUGCCAUGAAUGGAAGAUCCUAUCAGGCUAUAAUGAAGCAUUUUAAGAGUUUGCUGCCCAAAAUACUAGUGAACGGGACUGUUUUUGCUAGAAUGUCUCCUGGGCAGAAAUCCAGCCUCGUGGAAGAAUUUCAAAAUCUAAACUACUACGUGGGCAUGUGCGGAGACGGCGCCAAUGAUUGUGGGGCAUUGAAAAUGGCCCAUGCAGGGAUAUCAUUGUCAGAGCAGGAGGCAUCGGUGGCUUCGCCUUUCACGUCCCAAAUCCCCAACGUAGAGUGCGUGCCAGAGCUAAUCAGGGAAGGCCGGGCCGCUUUGGUUGCUUCUUUUGCUGUGUUUAAGUACCUGACCCUGUACGGCCUCACGCAGUUCAUUGGCACUUCUCUGCUUUACUGGCAACUGCAGAUCUUUGGGAACUACCAGUACCUCAUCCAGGACGUCGUCAUCACCCUGCUGGUUUGCUUAACAAUGAGCCUGACCCACGCCUACCCAAAGCUGGCCCCGUACCGACCGCCAGGCCAGCUCCUCUCUCCUCCUUUGCUGCUCUCCGUCACGCUCCACGUGGGCAUCACGGCAACCAUGCAGAUCUGCGGCUUCCUCUUUGUGAAGCAGCAGCCGUGGUACGUGGAGCUGGCCCACCACAGAGAGUGCCCUCCAGCAAACGGCUCCCUGGCCUCUGUGAGCACCGCGAAUGCCACCGGUGUCUCCAGCAGCGUUCUAAGCUACGAAGACACCACUCUCUGGCCACUCACUACAAUCAACUGCAUCAUUGUAGCCUUCGUCUUUUCCAAGGGAAAGCCAUUCAGGAAACCCAUCUAUACGAACUAUCUGUUCUCAGUCCUGCUGCUCAUCCAGCUGGGAGUGUGCCUGUUCCUCCUCUUCGCGGACAUCACUGCUGUGUACAAGGGAAUGGAGCUUCUCUGCACUCCGACCCUCUGGAGGGUUUCCAUCUUCCUCAUGCUCGUGGUCACGUUUUGUGUGUCGUUCUUUGUGGAGGACGUCGUCCUGCAGAACCGGCGCCUCUGGCAGCUGAUUAAGAAAUGCUUCCGGUUCCGGUCUCAGAGCCAGUAUCGCAAGUGGCAGAGGGCGCUGGAGAGGGAUCCAACGUGGCCUCCUUUGAACAGAAAAGACGUGGCACAAAGCAGCAAGACUGAAGUCUACGUCAACCCAAGCUACGAGCACAGCCAAGAGGGCUAGACCCCAAAGCUGGCGACUUCCG